GGCUGAAGCCGCCCCAGAGGGUCUCCUGCGUCUAGGGUUGGCUUUGAAAGUAUUUGGAUUGCCAUCUGAUUAAAUGCAGUUUUUUAAACGGUGGAGGAUCAUAUAGGCGUUUAAUUUCUGAAAAGCUGAGACUUAAGUGUGGAGAUGAACAACAAGUCGAGUGCCAAAGUGGAUGAUUUGCUUUUCGCAACGAUCUUCAUAGCUUCGUUAUAGUCUAAAUGUGAGUAACUUCGUUCUGCAUCUGAAAUUAAGUCUUCUCUCGGCUGAGGUCAGUGGACCCUGCUUCGGAGCAAGAAAAGGAAGGAAAGAUAGGGGUUUAUUAAAAAUCAAGAAACAAACUCGAGAAUCUGGUGAAAAGCAUUUUCAAUGUCAAGCAAACCACCUCAAGAACACAAGCCCUCCGAUGGGGCUCCCGCUUACGUCGACAUCGAUAAACUGAAGGAACCCGAGAAUAGAGCCUGGCAAAGUGAUAUGCUGCUCGCUCUGCAGCAGAAUGCUGCCCCUGAGCCAAUUCGCUUAGCUUGUAUGAAGAAUCUGCCCUCCAGACCAUCGUUCUUUCAAGAAGAGUUUCAUGGCCGAAUUCCUCGGGAGGAAGUCGAAGAACUACUCUCUGGUCCUAGUGGUCCAGUCAACGGAAGAUACUUAGUGAGAGAGAGUAAUAGCUCACCGGGUGACUACAGCUUGUCCUUAAGUUACGGGGGGCAUAUUCUUCAUUAUAGAUUAUUUUAUGAAAACGAAAGAUUUUUUAUUGAUUCUACUGAUGAGAAGAAAUACAAGUCGAUCACAGAUCUUGUUGUUGAUGUGCUCAAUAUGUUUCGCGUAAUUAAUCAUGUAGAUGGACAUAUGCCAAAAGAAGAAAAGAAAAAGGCCAUCGCUUGCCCCCAUGUAUUCAAACCUCAUUCCUACAAACAUUUUAAAUGGUGUGCAUCUUGUGGAGGAUUUAUGUGGGGAAUUAAAGAUCAAGGAAUGAAGUGCGAGGGAUGUGGUCUGGAUGUUCACUGCCGCGACCGUUGUAUGAAGAAUGUUGAAGGAGAGUGCCCUCUUACAUUACCUUGUAAAGAAAAGAAAGUUCCACGUAAGAAAUUAAGUACCUCAAGUUUACCAACCAAGCAGAGCACUGUGUCUUUUGACACAUUCAAAGCUAGUUGUGAAUAUCAAGAGAGCUGUAUUAGAUUCCUCAGUUAUUUGAACAUUCCUUCAUGUCAUUUUGAAGCUGAUGCAUUAAAUCCCUGUUAUUGUGAAGAGUGCUGUCUUGAUGUUGAAACACCAUUAUGUAAGAGUGGUAAUCCACCCCAAACAUACUCGCUGCCUACAGGAUGGUGUCGCUUUCAACUUGAGGCUGCCAGUGGGCAAGAGAGUAUUGUUUCAUCAAACUGGAAUUUGGCAUUUAUGUCUUUAAAUCCAAAGGAGGUUGUCAAAGUAUUGGAGUCAAAGACCACUGAGAACCAUUCUGAGGACCCGAGUGAAGAUGGGUCUAAACCAUUGAUAAAGAUGACACCGUCUAUUAUCUGUGCUGAUUUGGACGCACCAAAAUUAAAGUACACAGACAUUGAGACUGGUGAAGUCAAAGCAGGCCAAGUUGUCUUGCAAGCCUACAUUGAACCAUACUCGUAUCAAAUGAUGCGGAGACCAGGACUGACAGACGAAAUUGAUCCAUAUUUCAAAAUGGACACUAUAUAUUGGGUGACAAGGCAAGUUUCAUCUAUUUUACCAUUUGCACUGCUUGUUAAAACCAUGGAUGCAACCUACUUGAAACUAUGAGUGCAAGAAGUUAUUUUUUCCAGGAUGUGCUCAUUGCUAUUUUGAAUACUGUUUCCCAGAUGAUAGAGUUGUCAAACAUAAGUUUUCAGUUUACUGGGCAUGUAAAUUAUCAGCCAGCUAUAACUGACCCAGGGCAAAAGACCUUCAGUUCUAUUAGAAGGUUGAUCAACCUUAUCAAGACAAUGCAGUCAAACAAUUUCAGGGAUAUGCAAUCUUUGAGCAAUCUUUGAACAUCAUUGUACACCCUGGGCUUUAACUCUGUUUCAAUUUUGGAACCCUUAUAUUUUGGAAAAGAACAGAAACUUUAAAAACCAGCAUAGUGGACAAUUUCAAUUCUGAUCGGGUACAAUCAUGAAGUUAACUUUGAUUUAAAUUUUGUCUUAAAAUAACAAUCACAGUCCUGAAGCCUAGUAAUUUCACAAAAAGGUAGUUAAAAUUAAUGUUAUUAUGCAAUGUUAGUUACAUUUAAACAUAUUGGUACAUUAAGUUAAUCCUUUUACUGCUUAGAUGAACAGGCUUUUUUUUGUGUGAAUUAAAAGUUAAAUCAAGACAAUUUCUGAAUAUAAUAAUUUUCCUAAUUCUUAUUACUUGGCUGCAAACAGUUAAUUAAAAUUGUAAGGAGAAUCUGUACAAUGAUCAUCACACCUAGGAGUGAAAGGGUUAAAUUGACAUUCAUGUUGCUUUAAGCCAUUCUGUGGCACUGGGUGUUGAUUGGUACAAUACAUUACAAUUCAAUUCUGAGGCAAGAAAAUAUAAGAAACGAACAUUGUGAAAUCUGCAUAGAAAGCCCAGUUGUGCCCACACUUUAAGACAUUAUUACUUUUAACAACCUGUAUUUAGACCUGUGUUUGAAAUAGCCACUCAGUAGUUAAACUUAAAUAAUUGGGACAAUGAGGGUGACGAGUUGGAGUUGAGGGUGGAAUUACUUUGAACUGUGUAUCAUUCACUAUGACAACUUAGAGGGAAAAAUUACUAAAUGCUGAAUAUCUGAGACAGAGGGCAUUUUUUCCUUAAUUUUGGUAAUUACACUGGGGGUUCAAACUUCUCUAAAUUCAUUGAUGAUGAACAUUUUUAAUAGCUUUGGCAAUGUGGCACAAAAAUGCAGUUAAAAGUUCACCAACACUAACUUAACACAGAAAGGGCCUCCUACAAAAUUUUGUGACUGUGUGUUUUUGACCAAAAAGGAAAAGAAAAUUUUGCCCUUCAUAUCAUCAACAAGUAAUUGCACGUUUCCUUGUAAAACUGAGGAUAAAUAUCACUUUUGUUUGUCAAAAGUUGUAUAAAGUGCUGCUACUUCUGAAAGCAUUUGUGAUAUUCUUAAUUCUUAUUCCUUAAUUUUACUCAGCCCCAUGCAAGUACCUUUAGUAAUACAAUAAAUCAACAUUAUAUGGUAAUAAUGGAACAAAUCUCCCAAGGAGAAAAUCAAAAUCAUGAGCACGAUAGAUAUUAAAGCUUUACUUCCAAUGUCCUGUUGUCACUGAGUUUGGAUAAUUCAGUGAAUUCACUUUAAUGUCUGUUUCACCUUCAUGAGUUUCACAAGGACCUUACAUAAUUGUGGACUUAAGAUCUGCUCUCAUUAAUGGUUACUUAGUGUUUUUACUUUUACAUACCUCUCAAUGAGCACAUUCCUUUUACACAUUCUGAUCAGGUCAGUUUGGUUGAUGUAGAUGCGUAUAGAAAAAUAACUUAGAUCUGCCCAUACAUGUAUGUUGCAGGUUCUAUGUAAUCAUAGGGAGAUUUUGAUUAAGGAAAGAAGUAGAGAAAUUAUAGAAUGGAAAUAGUAAAAGCCA